UAAAACAGAAUAACCGCAAUGAUGCUCCACUUGCCGGAAUAUCUGUUCUCUAAUAAACGGGAGCUUAUGGGAAAAUUUGAUGCAAGAUAUGAGAUUUUGUUGGUAUUCCGUAUUUGGGAUCUAAUUUUUUGUUUGGAGUGGUGCUAUCAAAAACGUUAUCCCGUGCUGGCAUAUGGACAAGAAGAACAACCAUAAGAUGGUGAUGUUGGGAGGAGGAGCAGCAGCUGCUCCAACACGAAAGAAGAAGAAACAGCUCUUUGCAAAUGCCAUGAAGAGAACAAGUGAAUGUUGGAAUGCUCAAUUGCAUUGACGCGAGUUGUUUUGUUCGAAAAUUUCAGAUUUUCUCCCAGGAGAUCCCAAGUGAUGUGACAGUUCAAGCAGGAGGGGCCAAAUUUUCUCUGCACAAGUUUCCUCUUGCAUCAAAGUGUGGAUACAUUCGAAAACUGGUAGCAGAAGCACAGGAUGCAGACCUAUCGAUGAUAGAUCUUUCUGAUAUACCAGGUGGAGCUGAAGCAUUUGAGCUAGCUGCAAAGUUCUGUUAUGGAAUCAACUUUGAAGUCAGUACUACAAAUAUUGCAAUGCUUCGUUGUGCUGCUGAAUAUCUGCAGAUGACAGAGGAUUAUGCAAAUGCAAACCUGGUAUCUCGGGUUGAAGCUUACAUCAACGAAGUUGUUCCAAAAAACCUUUCAAGUGCGGUGUCAGUAUUGCAUUUUUGUGAAAACCUCCUUCCCAUGGCAGAAGACCUCAAUAUUGUCAGCAGGUGCAUAGAAGUUGUGGCAUCAAAGACCUCUAAGGAGAGUUGGGUUGGUUCAUCUGGUAGGGUAGACAAUCAGGGGAGUGCAAGUUCUCUUAAUUAUCAGAUAAAGCCUGUGAUAGAUUGGUGGCUGGAAGAAAUAGUUGUUCUUCGAAUUGAUUUUUUUCAAAGAGUCCUCAUAGCCAUGAAAGGUAAAGGUUUGAAGCAUGGCACUGUUGGAGCAGCUCUUAUGUUUUAUGCCCAAAAAUCAUUGAGAGGACUGGACAUUUUCGGGACAUCAAGAAAGAAAAUUGAACAUGAAGAAGAACAAGGACAAAGGAUUCUAGUAGAAACAAUUGCAAGUCUUCUACCAACAGAGAAAAAUUCUAUUUCUGUGAGCUUUCUAUGUUGGCUGCUUCGUACUGCAAUAUAUUUGGAGACAACAGUUGCAUGCAAGUUGGAAUUAGAACAGAUGAUUGGUCUACAGCUUGAGCAAGCAACCUUGGAUGAUCUUCUCAUUCCUUCUGUUUCUCACAGUGGUGAUACAUACUAUGCUGUCGAUUCUAUGGAAAGGAUCGUUGUCAAUUUUAUUGAACAGGAGAAACAUUGUGAUUUGGAGACGCUUUAUGUCUGUGGUCCCAAUGACCAUUUCUCUCCUGCUUUUACAGAUUUUAUAAAGGUUGCCAAUCUUCUUGAGAAUUAUCUUGCUGAAAUAGCCCCUGAUAAAAAUCUUAGCAUUGCCAAAUUCACCGGACUUGCAGAUUUGAUACCUGAAAAAGCCCGGACAGUUGAUGAUGGUAUAUAUAGAGCUAUUGAUAUCUAUCUAAAGGCCCAUCCCUCUCUAAAUGAAUUAGAGCGCAAAAAGGUAUGCAGCAUAAUGGAUUGCCAAAAACUCUCUCGAGAAGCAUGUGCACAUGCAGCUCAGAAUGAACGACUUCCUGUUCAGAUUGUUGUUCAGGUGCUGUACUUUGAACAACAACGACUUCGAAAUGAGGUGUCUGGAACUUUAAUGGGGAGGGAAGGUGGUUGUCAAUCUCAGAAGAUAAAUAAUAGUGCUGCGACAAGUUCUGUCCAUUCUCCUCGUAAUGAAUUUAUAGUGCUACAACAGGAGAAUCAAGAUUUGAAGCUAGAAAUAGCAAGGUUGAGAAUGCAGCUCAGUGAUUUAGAGAAGGAUCGGCCAUGCAUGAAGUUUGGCAUGGGAAGGCCUCCUCAGUACAACAAGAAAUUCUUGAAUUCUGUUUCAAGGAAACUUGGGAAACUUAAUCCAUUCAUGAAGCUCCCAGAUUCAACGAUUCAACCAAAACCUGCAAAAGAAAGAAGGCAUUCCAUCUCUUGAGCUCUUUGCUGUUGUCAUGAAAGCCCUCUUUUGUCAUGCUUUGAAAGCAAAUGUUGCCUUCAAAUGCAUUACGUUUUAUGGUUCUGCUUCUGCAAUGGAGGCAACCAUUUUUCAUGUUCUCUAUUUUUUAUACUUAAACACUCUGAUAAAGUCAGAUGUCUUCUUCCUUCUUCUGCAUGUGCAUUAUUUUCUGGAAUUUAUCCUUCAUAGUAUUAUUUAGUGAGCAUGCUUAUUUAUGCACAUUCAUUAUGUACCAUAGACAUCUUAUCUUUGCCCAGCCACAUAUAUACUCAUUCUUUUCUCAAAAAGAAGGGAAGAGCAGAGAACACCUUAGAUUCUUCUACAUUCUUUGGCACCUGAACUGUAAUAAAUCCUCUUCUUGGCAUUCUUGUAACAGUUGUACAGACUUUUUUUCUUCAUUGUGUACUUGCACGCUAUCUGAUGUACAUUCUAAUCUA